AUGCGAUCAUUUGCUGAAUCACAUGAGAUCUCACUCACAUGUAGUGCUGAAAAUUGUCUUCAUCAUGGAGAAGGCAAACAACUUGUGCCACUGGUUUGCACAAUAGAAGUGAACCCAGCUGAAGAUUUUGUAGCUGCUCCUCCAUCCAAUGACACUAAGUCUUCAAGACGAGUAUUAACCCUACCAGUGCAAUUCAGAUACGAUUAUGAGGAAGAUGGCCAACUUAAUAUGAAAUUAUUUGGUCAUCCCAGUAUGAUUUACAUGGGUAACAAAGUACAAGGUGAAGUUCUCUUUAGUGCAAUUGAAAGAUUGAUGCCAUAUCAAACGCCUUACAAAGUUGUACUCACUGAUGGACAGGGUUACCACUGUUCACGCUGUAUGUAUAACCUGCAUUGCAAUGGUUGUGAAUUGGUACGCGAGGUUGAAAUCACGUUACAGUCUGAUGAUCAUCUUACAGUGGUCUGUGCAGAUGUCUCUACGACCAUCUUACAAUAUAGCCAGCAGGUGACCGACCAUGAAUCGAUGAAGGACUUAAGGAGCACUGAACCCCUAACUUUACAAGAAUGCUUUUAUGCUUUUACAGAAAGUGAAAUAUUAGAUGAGCAUAAUCCCUGGUACUGUCCGAAAUGUGAACGGAACCAAUGUGCUAGAAAGACCCUGACAGUAUGGAGAUACCCUGAUACACUAGUUGUCUACUUGAAAAGGUUUGUAUUUCAUGAAUUGUGCAGUACCAAACUGGACAAUAAAGUACUCUUCCCUGUAGAAAACUUGGAUGUCUCUUCUUAUACAUCUGGACCAACCAAUGGUCAGUCUUUGACCUAUGACCUUCAGAGUGCUGUUUGUCAUUUUGGAGGUGUUAAUGCCGGUCACUACACAGCAUUUACAAAAAACCCUUUGACUAACCAGUGGUGUUACUUUAAUGAUGAGAUGACUACAAAACAAGAACCAACUUCAGAGGAUGCAGCCAGUGUCUAUGUCUUGUUUUACCAAAAGAAAGGCAUCCAGCAUGACUUUUAUUCAGCUCUUAGAUCAAUAGUAAAACAAGAAUUCCAGACUGAGAACUCAGAUAGUGCGACUGCCGAGACCCGUGAGGGAUGCGAUUUAAACCAUGAUGAAAUUGACCUGUUGUUACAACAGCUGCAGUCUCCCAUUGGUGCCGAUACCUCAUGUGCUGCGGUGAUACCUGGCUGCAGCAAGCAAUCCUCCACUGGAGCCACUUCAUGUGCAACUGUCACAGGGCUUGACAUUAAAUUUUAA